AUGCUCCGUGUGAUUGCCCAUGCUGGUGGAAAGCAGCAGCGUUUGACGCCGUUCUUCUCCCAGCAAGCUCGCCACCAUCAGUUCUAUACCCCUUUUUCUCAAUCUCGCUCCCUGUUUGGAUUUGGGAGCAAGGGCGAUGAUGACAGUGGUAGCAGUGGAGAUAACAUCAAGGACGACAGCAGCAACCAUGACACUGGAGGCAAUGGAAAUUCAUCCUCAUCGGUCCCUGCCGCUGUGGUACCUUCCAAGUUGAAAUACGGGGAUGAAGCCCCCAGAUACCCUCAUACACUGGCUUUGCCUCUUGUGAACCGACCUCUGUUCCCAGGUGUUUUUACGUCGGUGACAGUGUCAGAUCCUGAAACCUUGGAAGCUCUGGAGAAUAUGAGUCAGGUGGGUCAAAGUGCCUAUCUGAGCUGUUUCUUGAGAAAGGACCAGUCCAUUGGGGUGUCCGAAGGUGGUGUACUCUUGCCCACGCCAGAAGUGAUCACGGAUCCCUCGGAACUGUACAAUGUAGGAACAUUUGCUCAAAUCCACAACAUUACAAGGGGAGUGAGUCAUGCCAGGGCAAAUAGGUCCAUUAUGGACAGUCGAGCCAUGAAAGACCAAAAAGAAAAAGGUGAAAACCCACAAGAAGAUCACGACGGAGACGACGAAGACCAUGAAACAGGAACAGUCCUACUGCUGGCACAUCGCCGAGUGGACUUGGAGUCUGUGGACAAUAUUGGUCCUCCCAUAGAUGUGACGGUAUCCCAUUGGAAGCGAAUGGCGGAUGUUGCCAGUAAUGAUACGAUCCGGGCCCUUUCCAACGAAAUCAUCACAACCAUUCGAGAAGUGGCACAAACCAACCAACUCUUUCGUGAAAACCUGCAGUUCUUCCCCAUGAGAGUCGAUGCCAAUGAUCCUUUCCGGCUCGCGGAUUUUGCUGCUUCUAUCACUUCGGCAGGGUCUGCGGAAGAUCUACAAGAAGUUCUGGAAGAGAAGGACGCUGAAAUGAGGCUUCACAAAGCAUUGGUUCUACUCUCCCGUGAAAAAGAAGUCUCCAAAUUGCAGCAGGAGAUAUCAGCCAAGGUGGAAGAAAAGAUGUCGGAUGCCCAGAGAAAGUACUUUCUCAAUGAACAACUCAAGUCAAUCAAGAAGGAACUUGGGAUGGAACGAGACGACAAGGAAGCCUUGAUUGAAAAGUAUCGAAAGCAGUUGGCGGAGUACCCAGCGGUACCGGAUGAAAUAAUGGAGACGAUCGAUUCCGAACUGGAAAAGUUGUCAACUCUCGAGAAAAACUCUGCAGAGUUCAACGUUACACGCAGCUAUCUAGAUUGGUUGGUUGGUGUGCCGUGGGGGAUUGAAACCGAGGAAAACUUUGACAUUCGGGAUGCGCGCAUGGUCUUGGACCGAGAUCACUAUGGCUUGGACGAUGUCAAGGACACAAUCUUGGAGUUCAUUGCAGUGGGAAAACUGAAAGGAACUGUGCAAGGAAAGAUCUUGUGCUUGAGCGGACCACCAGGCACCGGCAAGACCAGCAUUGCCAAGAGCGUCGCGGAUUCACUGGGACGAAAGUUCUAUCGUUUCAGUGUUGGAGGCUUGUACGAUGUCAGCGAAAUCAAGGGACAUCGCCGUACUUAUGUGGGUGCUAUGCCUGGAAAGUUGAUUCAGUGUUUGAAGACCACAGGGUCUACCAAUCCAGUUGUUCUGAUUGAUGAAAUCGACAAGCUUGGCAGCGGUAUGCGAGGAGAUCCCUCCAGUGCCUUGCUUGAGGUUCUGGAUCCCAGUCAGAAUAGUACUUUCCAUGACCAUUUCCUCGAUGUUCCCGUCGACAUCAGCAAAGCGCUGUUCAUUUGUACAGCCAAUGAGCUAGAAAGAAUACCCGGUCCUCUCCUGGACCGUAUGGAAGUCAUUCGACUCUCUGGCUAUGAUUUUCCAGAAAAGGUUGCCAUUGCAGAACAGUACCUCGUCCCUAAGUCAAUGAAAGAGAAUGGAUUGAUGAUCGAUCCAAGAGAUACGAAGGAGGAAGACGACAACAAAGCAGAGGAAAGCGACAAAGUCGAAGGGGGGAACGAUGCCUCGGAAGGAGUCACACCGUUAGCGUCAUUCAAACAUGCUGAGAAUGUUCCAGAGUCGCUGUCUCUGGCCAAGAGUGCAAUAGAAAGCUUAGUGAGAUGGUAUGCACGGGAAGCUGGAGUUCGCAGCCUUGCCAAGUACAUUGACAAAAUCACACGCAAACUAGCGCUGCAAAUUGUGGCUGAGGGUGAGGGUGCGACGCUAACAGACAAAAGUGCACGAAAGUCAGACUCAUGGGAAGUGAACAGUGAGAACCUCAGUGAUUAUGUUGGAAAGCAAAUCUUCACAAGUGACCGCCUGUACGAAACUGACCCGCUACCGAAUGGAAUCAUUAUGGGUCUGGCUUACACAUCUAUGGGAGGCUCUGCUCUGUACAUUGAAACUCAGGGAAUCAAGCGAGGCUUGGACGCCGAUGGCAAGCCUCGUGGUGGCGGCACCCUCAAGGCGACAGGGCAGCUGGGUGAUGUCAUGAAAGAAAGCUCACAGAUUGCUUACACGGUGGCUCGAGCCAGGCUAGCAGAACAGAGCAAUGGCAGCAAUGAUUUCUUCGACACAGCUGACAUCCACAUGCACGUCCCUGAAGGUGCGACACCCAAGGAUGGGCCGUCCGCCGGAAUCACGAUGGUUACAUCGAUGCUGUCCCUUGCUAUGGACACACCUGUGAGGAACGACUUGGCCAUGACUGGUGAAAUAAGUUUGACCGGGAAGGUUCUUCCAGUAGGUGGAAUCAAAGAAAAGAUCAUGGCUGCUCGUCGCGCCGGGAUCAAAUGUGUGGUUCUGCCUGCUGCCAACCAGCGAGAUUUCGAUGAGAUCCCAGAGUACCUGAAGGAAGGACUUGAAGUUCACUAUGCAGAAGAUUAUGGGAAAGUCUUUGACGUGGCGUUUGGAUCCUAA